CCAGAGAGCAAUUAAAGCUCUGAUAGGCCCGGUGCCUAAGGUGAAGAGGGGAACAAAGUGAUCUGCAUGCUGCUUCACUCCGGGACCCCAGAAGACCCCCGUAACUAUUCCUGUGUUUGAGUGGCCUAAUCAGACUAAGAGCAGAGGCAGCCGGCAGAGAAGAUGACAGUCACAUACUCCAGUAAAGUUGCAAAUGCCACCUUCUUUGGGUUCCACAGACUACUUCUCAAAUGGAAAGGAAGCAUCUACAAGCUGCUUUACAGAGAAUUUAUUCUCUUUGCAAGCCUCUACACAGCAAUAAGUAUAUUGUACAGAUUUUUCCUUACUGGAAGCCAAAAACGGUACUUUGAAAAACUGUCCAUUUACUGCGACAAAUAUGCGGAACAAAUCCCAGUCACUUUUGUUCUUGGGUUCUACGUUACUCUGGUGGUGAACCGCUGGUGGAAUCAAUUUGUCAAUCUUCCGUGGCCAGACAGAAUUAUGUUCUUGAUCUCUAGUACUGUCCAAGGAAGAGAUGAAUAUGGCCGUCUACUUAGGAGAACUCUCAUGCGUUAUGUGAAUUUAACAUCCCUCCUCAUCUUUCGUUCAGUGAGCACAGCUGUCUAUAAAAGAUUCCCAACCAUGGACCACUUGGUGGAAGGAGGUUUUAUGACAUCAGAGGAAAGGAGAAUAUUUGAGGAUCUUAAGUCUCCCCAUCUUAAAUACUGGGUCCCCUUUGUCUGGUUUGGAAAUUUGGCAGCAAAAGCACGACAAGAUGGAAGGAUCAAAGACAGUGUAGACUUGCAGACGCUGAUGAAAGAGAUGAAUCGGUUUCGGUCAUGGUGUAGUCUGCUCUUCGGUUAUGACUGGGUUGGAAUUCCACUAGUGUACACACAGGUUGUCACACUUGCUGUCUAUACCUUCUUCUUCACGUGUCUGAUAGGACGUCAGUUUUUGGACCCUGACCAAGGCUAUCCAGGUCAUGAUUUAGAUCUUUACAUUCCUAUCUUCACAUUGUUACAGUUUUUCUUCUAUGCAGGAUGGCUAAAGGUAGCUGAGCAGCUUAUAAACCCAUUUGGUGAAGAUGACGACGAUUUUGAAACAAAUUGGUGCAUUGACAGGAAUCUGCAGGUCUCGCUUCUGGCCGUCGAUGAAAUGCACAUGAAUUUACCGAGAAUGAGAAAAGAUAUUUAUUGGGAUGAUUCUUCAGCCCGCCCACCAUACACAUUAGCAGCUGCAGAUUCCUGCAUUCCGUCUUUCCUUGGAUCAACAAUUGAAAUGGGCAGACAGCCAGUACUUCCAUGGAGAAAACUGGCUCCGGGAUGAUUAUAAACCCAGAAGGCAACAUUCAGUGCUGAGAAAAAUGAAGCGAUUUCUGAGUGUCCGCGAAGGCUCCCCCUCCCCAACCAGGAGGAGUUACCAACGGCAGACCAGCGAAAGCUCCG